AUGUCCAUCUUAACCGUAGAGUCUCGUUCAAAUACACCAUCUCAUUCAUCAAAACGCAUUCUUCGUCAACGGUCACUACCUUCAUCAAAAUAUGCAUCAACAUCCGGCGGUUGUGAACAACCUGAAAUUGGUGCUAUUUUAUCCUCGAAAUGUUCAACCGUAUCUUGCCGAAAAUAUUUUAAUUUUUUACAAUAUAACGAUAAAUUAUCGGACAGAGAUCAAUUAAAAUUAAAUGAAAUUCGAGAUAAAACACCAAGUGAAUUUGAACAAUUGUUACCAACACUAAUUAAAUACGGUAUCAUUCGUAGUGAUAAAUUAUUAAGUUACAAUGAUAACAAUAUUAAUAAACGAAAUUUUUUGACACUAAUAAAAAAUGAAUAUGAACGAAUUGAACACAAAAAAUAUCUCGAGCGUUUAUACGGUAGUGUCAUUCUUGAUCAUAGAAAACAGUUGAAAAAUGCUCUUACCUUCACCGGUCAAUAUUCAUUACUAAACUGCUAUAAAGAUGAAAUAAUUAGAGAAUUAGAAUUAAGAGUGAAAAAUUGGCAAGAAAUCGAAUUAUUUUCUGAUAUUUCAGAAACAACAGUGACUGGUUCAAAAAGACCCACUACAGUCAAUGUUUCAUCAACUUCGGCUCCGUUAGAUAAUAAAACUUCUUCGAUCACAUCUGUCAAAUCAUUGUGUACUCUGCUCUAUGCUAAACAAAAAUUGAUAGAACCAAUUCGACAUUUUCGUUUUGUUGAUUUAUCAACUCCCAAAGAAACUUCUUUCGAACCUAUCAGUGAUGAGACAACAUCAACCUCAACAAUAACAACAACGCAGACAUCAGCUACAAAACUGCGUCGUCUAUCAAUAAGACAUCAACAACAAUUAAAACAAAUUGAACAAGAAAAUAAAAUAUUAAAACGAAUUUUUCAGAACACUGUAGAGCCACCGAAAAAUUGGCAUGAAAAAUGUGUUGUUAAUAUCAUUGAACAAGGGAUGAUGUUAUUAGAUCAAGUGAGAAAAUUACCCUUAUUACAAAACGAUAGUGAUUUGUAUGAUUGUGAAACCGUAGCAUUAUCAAAUAAAGAAAUAAAUAAUAUUGCCCAAGAGAAUGGUCCAGUAGUAGGAGCAACAGCAUUGUCAAUGAGAUCAAUGGAACAAAUUUUGAAAAUCCAAAAGAAAGAAAUAGUUAAUCAAUAUCGCAAAUGGGUAUUAUUAUGGGAAAUAUUAUAUCUUAAUACUAAUGAAAACUAA